AUGCUUUGUUCUAAAACGCUAAUUUCCUCAACUUUAGACAUUCGACAAAUCGUUUCAAGCGAGAUGAGUGCCGCCGAAAGCGAAAAGAAGUCGAUGGACGAGCAAACGACGGCUCAAAAGGAACCCGUUGAUCAAACAAGCGACGUAACUAGCAAUGAGCCGCCUAAAGAAAAUGGCAUCGAAAAACCAAUCGUCAACGAAGCGUUGCCUCAACUUGCCGAAGUCGAUGAUAGAAAGCUACCAAAAGACGAGCUUCUCUUCACCGACAGUCACAAUACUCAAUCUCAGCUGAUCACCGACGUUGGAUUGAGCCAAGCCGACGAGCUGCUGAAUUCGUCAAUUCUCACUUCAACCGAUGAUCUUUCCACCGACUACUUGGUUGAGAAGACCGCUCCAGCGCCUGUGGCCUCUAAUUCACAAGAUAUUGGUAUUGGCCCUCCAACAAGCGUCACUGUAUCGAAUCUCGAACUGGUCGACGAGGCGGUCAGCGAAGAAUUGGUGGAUGGAAGUCAAGAUGUGAAGCAAGAUAACGUGGCUGCCUCGGAAGUGAAGAGUCAAGAGGACGAAGUGAUGGAGUGCGACGCGCCGGUCAAAGAGAAGCCGCAAGUGAUCACGCUCGAUGACUGUGACAAUGUGGCAAUGAAAGACGACACAAAAGAGAACAAGACGAAGAAGUUGGAGAACACUCAAGUGCGCGAUUACAAAGUUGUUGGCUUCACUCCAUUGGACAACUUUGGAAUCCCAAUUCAACAGGAUCAUUUCGACAAAUUUGGCUUGAACACAAAAGUAUGCGUCAUGUACAAGAAGCACUUUGAGAGAUGCUUCGCGAUGGACCCACGACGAAGAAACGCUGUGAUUGUGAACUUGGAGCGAAUGCGGAAUUUCGUGAACAUGAUGGACGAGGAAAGAAUGAAGAAAUAUGUCUAUGAUGCCAAGCUCAAGACAUGGAUGAGUGGGAAGCUGGAGACCGCCGACAAAAGAGUGCUUCCAGUAAACUUGCCAGGACAUCAUGUUCCCGGUUACCUCAAAGAUGGCAUCGCCGAAAAUGUUAAGGAGACUGUUCACGUUCAAAAGCAAGAGAAAGCACGGCAACUGAUGGAAAAAGUGGGAACUACUGAGAGCGAUCCCAGCCAGAUUCGAGCCCCGUUUCUCAACAAAAAGUUGCGUGGUGGUUCAAUGGGUGAUUCACGACCGCCCAGACAACAACGAGAAGGAAAAUCGACCCUUACUUUGGGCGGCACUGGUGUAUACAACCCGAAGCCUACACGUGCUCAGAAGCGCUUACAAAGGCGGCUCGUGGCAAAGGAAAAUGCUACGGCAGCUACGUCUGCUCCCCCUACCCCUACCCCUACGACUACCGACAGUGCCCAAUCUGAAGUGGUAACCGAAGCAGGUGGACCAAGCUUUGCUCCGAUUGUUUUCUCGCCGACGACGCUAGCAGCAGAGGUGACCGCUUCUUCAGCUUCCGGAACGCUUCAACAGCCAAACGAUGAGGGCAACGAGGCAAUCGCUAUCGACAACUCAGUGGUAACGCCCGUGAAGUCGGAUCAGAAGAAAAAUGACGGCAACAGGCACAAACACAAAGAGAAGAGAACUGAGAGCUUUCCGCAGAAACCCAAAGGAGAUGAUCGUAACAGGCACGGACGUGGACCGCAGCACAGCGACAGACGUGGUCGAGUAGCAAAUGGUCCAAGAAGGGAUCGUGCCAAUAAUCGAAGACCGGAGCCAUCCAACAAUAGAAAGCGCGUUCGCUCUCCACCACGACGUGGGGACAAUGUCUUUACCAAUGAAAAACGCGUUCGUGUCUGGGACAAUCAGGGAUCCAGAUCUGCUUAUUCGGUUGAGCCAUUGCCAUUCGCUAGGAGCCUUUUCCAGGUGCCUUAUCAUCCUCCUUCUCUGAUGGGCGCCGAUUCGUAUGCUAGUUCAAGACGCGCGUACCCGGAUUUCUCAACGGUAGCACAAUCACCGGCACCUCCAUUCGGCACCGCACAAUCUGGUUUCCCGGUCUACUCGGAGAGCCCCUACGGAUCGUCGGCUCGAAACGACAAAUAUGGACAAUCGGCGUCUUUUGGAGGUGCGCAAGCGUAUCAACAGACGCCGCCGAGUGGUUUUGUAAACGAUAGGGAUACACUUUCCGAGAUUCGACGCAUCGAGCGCGAGUUAGCCACGAUUCGUCAACAUCAACACUACGGCAAUACGGGCAGUUCAUCGGCUUCCACUCGCUCGAGUGCUCUCCCAGUCUCACCACCAAAGAGUUUCACUAUGUAUGGCAGCUCGAACUCCGCCUUCGGUGGUUCUGCAUCCUACAACUAUUCGGGAUCAUCAGAUAAGCAGCCACCAAAAAGGUUUUCUAAUGCCUUCGGAUAC